AUGUUUGAAGAAACAAUUAUUGAUGAAGAUAUAUUAUAUAGAGACUUCGAAUUUGAUGACUUUAAUAAUAAGGAAAAUGAAAGCAAUAAUGAAGAAAGUGGUUUUAGUGAAGAUAUCCUUGUGGAAGAUGAAGAUAACACUUUACCCCAAUUACCAUCUAUUACAUCAUAUUUUCCUUUACAAGAAGCUUCUACAAAAUUGACAAAUCCUAAAACAAAAAAAAAAAAACUAGGUGAUGGUAUAUCUGAGCAAUGCAAAACAACUUUCAAACCUAGUACAUCAACUUCUAGUAUUGCAGCACAUAUUCGUACUGAACAUCGGAUCUUUAAACAUCAAAAAUAG